AUGCGUAGUUUCUGGCUCUCGCUCCAGAGCUUGUGGAGGAGGUUCUAGCGACAGUCCUAUUUUCUCGGGUAUACGACGGCCAGCUCCGCCGUGGGACCUGGGAAAGCUUCAUGUUUUUCCGCCAGUACUUUGAUGUGGUCACGGCACAUGAGAUCACAUGGCAGCCUUGGGCCAUGAUACCAUCAGGGCUCCGAGCCCAAUAUGGUACAGCUCGGGUCAUCACCCGGCAUCACAUUCUUCUCAAGGGCCCGAUUUGUCACGCCUGGUUCUUGAGUGAGCGCUUCGCGCGCUAGACUUUGGGCUUGCCUGCCCCAUUCAUAUCGAUGGCACCUCCAGCAUCCAUAAGAGCGACACACAGACUCUCUGCCGACGAGGUGAUUCAGUUCAUGGUAGUGCUGGAGGCAGAGUAUUUCCGUAUGGAGGGCGAUUAUGCGACCUUCAUCCAGACACACCUGAUGCCGCCUCUGACCGGCGUUCAUGAAGACAAGGGAGUGAGAGCUCCGGCCGUAAGGGUGACACGUAGAGCGAGUCGGGCGAGCACAGCCCGUGGCAGAGGGACUCCUCGGGCAGAGCGGAGGGCUGGUUGGCCGGAGUUUCUGACCGAGCUAACUGGUUGGCGGUACUCCAGAGAGGCUUAUCAGAUCCCCAUCAAGCCUCCGCUGGCUGGUCACAGAUACGUUAGGGCGCUUGAUGCACCUCCGGCCUCCACAGAGUACGUUGAGGGGUUACUUGAGAUGUUGGCCUCAUUAGAGGGCAUGAUCUUGAGGAGGGAGUCGAUACUCAGCUUCCAUGGCAUUGAGGUCCCACCUUUACCGACAGCAGUAGCAACAGCCGCAGUAAGACCUUCAGUACCUUCUCCAGCAGCAGGGAGGGGAGGGAGGUAAGCUCCAUCACAUAGCCGAGGCAGAGCUGGACCCACCCGAGCUGAAAGUGGCCCUUCAGAGCCUAUCCUGGGUGACGAUGAUGAUGAGACAGGUGAGGAUAAGGAGGCCGCGAGUCUAUAGUCAGAGUCAUCUAAGGAUGGAGACGACGACGCCGGCUCAAAUUCUGCUAGUGGUGAGGCUGUGGAGGCUAAGGAGGGCUCUGAUUCAGACUCUGAUUCAAAUUCGGACAGUGGUGCCGAUGGAGACAGUGCUUUAGAAUCCGCUCCACCCAGGAAAAGGACGAAGAGGACCUCUCGAGCCUGAGACAGCUGACACUGAACUUUCUAUAUUUUGACUAGUUUCUUUUUGCUAGUAGUAUUGGCACUUUGUACAACUCAGACGAGUUUUUAUUUCUAUAAAAACAUGUACUCUUUUGC